AAACCCGACAAUCUGGAUUCAUCAACCCUGUCCGCGGGCUCGCCAGCUCAAUUCCACGACGCCGUAGAUACAAUGGACGCUGAGGGGGCAUACGAUCGAGGGGAGGUUCGGGAGGAUGACACAAUGGGCGGUACAGACGAACCACAACAACACACUCCCACGCACGGCGAACGACGACACGCGCAAUCACAGUCUGCUGACGGAUUCCCAUCUUCACAUCAAGUCUACUCGGCAUCUCCAACCCCAGAUCUCGAUGCCCAUGCCCGCUACCCUACCCCUCCAACAGCCUUCGCUCCCUCCAUCUCUCGACCGAACUCAGGCUUAAGCGCACCAGGCGGCUAUGCCAACAUGCAGUCCUCAUACCAAGAUAUAAAUGCGAGGGGAACAGCAAGCGGGGACCAAGGACGGAAUAAGAAUAGUGUUGUCAUUAAAGUAGGCAUGGUGGGCGACGCACAAAUAGGCAAGACGUCCCUGAUGGUGAAAUACGUCGAGGGCAGCUGGGACGAGGACUACAUCCAAACACUCGGCGUGAACUUCAUGGAGAAGACUAUCUCGAUACGCAACACCGAAAUCACAUUCUCGAUCUGGGAUUUAGGGGGACAGCGGGAGUUCGUCAACAUGUUACCCCUGGUCUGUAAUGAUGCAGUAGCUAUCUUGUUCAUGUUCGACUUAACCCGCAAGAGCACUCUGAAUAGUAUCAAAGAGUGGUACCGGCAAGGCAGAGGAUUCAACAAGACGGCAAUUCCAUUCCUAGUUGGCACAAAAUAUGAUCACUUUGUCAACUUUCCAAGAGAAGACCAAGAAGAGAUCUCGAAUCAGGCCCGCAGAUUUGCAAAAGCAAUGAGAGCAAGUCUCAUCUUCAGUAGCACAAGCCACAGUAUCAACGUGCAGAAAAUCUUCAAAAUCGUCCUCUCCAAAGCCUUCGACCUAAAAUGCACCAUUCCCGAAAUCGAAAACGUCGGCGAACCACUCCUCCUCUACCAAUCCGUCUAA